CACAACAAACAUGUCGGCGGUACUCGUAUAGGAAGUGCUAUUUUUUUGGUCAUGAAUAUACCCGAUUUAAGUGAGGUUGAAGCCUGAUGCCAGCUCAAAACUAUGGCAGAGUCCAGCCUAGAUUUACGGCCUUUAACGGCCCUGGAAAAUCUAGUGGGAGUGCAGAUAGAAACUUUACAAAUGGUUGGUGGCGAGGCUGUGGACGAGGAGUCGGCAGCCACAGAGAGGGACAGGGGAAUGGACGCGGACGACGACCAGCCCCUGAAACUGGUCGACGACGAGAGGGUCACUCCUGCUACGCCACCUUCUGUCACGGAGGAACCUCCGGAGGCGUCGGGGAGCUCUGUGCCCGAUGGUGACACGGUGGAGGGGGACGGGGACCUGCCCCAACUGGACAAUCAGGCUGGGGGAGAGGGGACCGUCCCUCACCAGGACAGAACUGACUUUACCUCCUGUACAGAGCCUCCAAACUCCCAUUUAGUGGGCGAGACGCCUAUUGCCUCCGAUCUAGAACAUUUAAGUGUACAAAAUGAUACAGAACAAGUUUCAGAAAGUGAACAAAUUGAAACGACUAGAACCUGGUCUGUGUCAGAAAAGGACCCAACGCCGAAUGAUAUGAAUGAUGAAACGGCGACACAAGAACCAGAAACUGAGGAAGCUAUGGAGGGAGGGGGGGACUCGAGUGCCAGUAGUGGGGGAGGUGAGGGCAGUGUGUCAGGUACAGGGGCACCUGAGGCAGAAGACCAGUUUAGUUGGGAUAAUGUGCAUUGUGUGUUUUGUGACUCAAGUGCAAUGGACCAGGAGCCAAAACUGUUGCCGUGCCUCCACUCAGCGUGUAACAAGUGUCUAACUCAUGAAGCAGCUGAACCAGAUAUGAACAAAGAUGAAGACGUAGUUGCCAUGGACCCUCUCAUCCAUUGCCCAAUGUGCAAAAAAGGUUUCCCCCAGGAGAGUGUAUUAGACAACAUGUUUGUGUGUGAGGCUCAAAGCAGUGGGGACCGAGGAUCAAGUAGUGCGACAGAAGAAAGCUUUACCUGUACUUCUUGUACAGAUGAGGCAGUGGCGACAGGCUUGUGUACAGACUGUUCCGAGUGGCUUUGUGAUCAGUGUAUUCAGGCCCAUAAGAGAGUGAAGGUUACCAAAGAUCACAUCAUUAAGGCUAAGGGGGAGGUGGACUCAGAUUCACCGUCAGCGAAGAAUCAGGUCAAGAAGUCGCUCCUCUGUAAUGUACACACUAAGGAAAAGUUAAACCUCUACUGUCAGACGUGUGAUCAACUGACGUGUAGAGAUUGUCAGCUCAUUGAGCACCGGGAGCACAAGUACAAGUUUUCGGAGGAGAUGGCGGGUCUCACCAGAGAUCGUUUGAGACAAUUCCUCAUGGAUAUCCGGAAAAAGAGAGGCUAUAUAGAAAAUGCUAAGGAGUUGGUAGCGGAGCGAAGACAACAGAUUCUGAACAAACAAGAGUCAGUGCAAGCUGAUAUUAAUAGACUAGUCGAAACGUUCAUUGAAAUUAUUAGACAGCGUGGGAACACCCUGUUUGACUUAUUACGUGAAGUGUGUAACAGUAAACAGGAACAACUGGAUAAGAAGAAUGAGGUGCUACUCCACCUUGGCUCACAGGCUGACCACUGUAUCACCGUGGUGGAGGCAGUUCUCAAUACAUCUUCAGAUAUGGCUCUUCUCUAUUCUAAAAAGUUGCUGAUGGAGCAGGUAUUAAAAGUAGACAAAGAUUCUCCUGAUAGAAGUUUAUUUGACCGCUUUAAGGCCAAACUUAACUCAGGGGAUGACAUAUCUCUAAGAAUAUCCAGUGAGUCUCGGGGACUAGGGAAAGCAUUAAAAGAUGUAGGCUAUCUGUUGGUGGAUAACAAAAUAUACCCAACACCUGAUGGAGCAGUCCAGAACAAAGCUCGUUCUUCUCAGCCCUCUCCUGUGGACCAGUCAGCAUCCCCACAGCCCCCGCAGCCUCCACAGCCUCCAGCACUCACACCCAUGCACUCACAUAUCCAGCAGCAACAGCAUCACCUUCAGAGUGGGGGUAAUAUGCAUCAUAAAUUCCAUACCUUUGGUCCUGCUCCUCCUGGUGCUGCAAACCCACCAGGCCUUGUGAGAAUACAGCCCAAGCCUUCUGGUCAGCCCCACCCUGGCCCCAGUCACACCAGCUUUGCCAGAAUGCCACAGUUAACUCAAGGAAGAUCUUCAGAUGUGUCCUCAUCUGUCUCUUCUACAACUCAUCCCAUAGGAGAGAAUAGUCACCUUCGAGGGCUGCUAGGGUCUGGUGGGUCGUACAAGCUGAAUGCUUUUAAUCCCCAUUUAGCAGCCCGACUCCAACAACACCAGCAGCAACACCCGGGUCCUGGGCGACACCAUGACCAACAGGGGUCCUCUAGAGGCCCAAUGUCUUUCAGACAGAGUAUGAAUCCUGCUGCUGCUGCAGCAAUGGCAAGCAUUUCACAAAUGGCAGCUGUAUCAGCUGCUAAUUCCAAUCAACUUGGUAUGGUGAACAUGGGUGCACAAUUAAAUCCUCCAUCAGGAAUAAGCAUUACACCUGUUCCUCAGCAGAAGCCAGUUCAACCCCACCAACAAGGGCAUUCACAACAUCAGUCACAUCAGCAACAGAAACAACAACAACAACAACAACAGCAGCAGCAGCACCAGCAGCAUCUCUCUUUACAGGGCAUUUUACGAAAUACUUUGUCACAACCAUCAUUAGGACCAAAGCCCGACUCACGUCAACCGUCGCCUCACAGUACUCAACAACCGCAGCUUAAGAAGGAAAGCAGUAGUCCCACUCCAUCAUGGCACAUCCCACAAACGGCCGAAUCCUCAAAAUCAUCCGUUAACACCUCACCGAUGGUUUCCAUCCCUUCAGAGAAUGUAGACAACUCCUUCAAGAUUGUCCUAGGGUCCAAUAAAAUCAACGGCGGGGUGAGUUCCUCAACUACGAUCACCCCCAACACCAACACCAUCACUUUCAACAGUACUUCCAACAUCCCUCCCAACUUGCCCCCGCUCACCAGGAUCCCAGGCUUCAGGUCAAUCCUUCCCAAGCCCUCUGGAAACUCAGACGGGAAGGAGACCGCCAAGGAGGCCAGGCUCCCGAGCGAUAGUUUGGGCCAGGACACCUUUGGGGAAGACACUAAGGUCAAAGCUGUUCCUGCACCAUCAGUCUCCAUCACGUUAGCAGCUCUAACUGCUGUCGCAAACUCUUCUGCUAUAACCUCUGAUUCCACUAACGGACCAAGAUUAAAGGUGGAAGAUCCAUUUUCCAAUUCCACUCUUGUUGAUAGUUCGUCCAGUCCUUCCAGCGGCUUAACCACAGAUGACCGAUUACAUAUAAGUGAAAAUGGUGAUGACAGAAGUCAGAAGAGAAGAGAAGAUUCAAAUAAUGAUAGUGACAGCUUACCGGACCUGACAAUUGACACAGGAUCAGUCGACUCAGUGCCAUCUGUACCGUCUGAAACCAAGAAUGGGAAGGGUUCUGGGUUGCCGCCUGGUGCAUCAAUACCUUUGAAAAAGGAUCCCAACGAUCCCAAUGAUGACUGGUGUGCUGUUUGUUGGGAUGGGGGUGAUCUUAUAUGCUGCGACUUCUGUCCCAAGGUAUUCCAUGUACAUUGCCAUAUCCCAACUCUGACCCACAUCCCGACUGAAAAUGAAAAGUGGCAGUGUAUGUUGUGUACAGACCUGGACAAUUUGCAAUUAUUUGACAACAAUGACAACUCUAAACGAAGAUUAGGAUUAACAACGCGUGAUGUGAAAGUAGCCCAGAGAAUACUGCUGGAACUCUACUGCAAUUACGAAGCCUCACAACCUUUCCGGGAACUUGUGGAUAGGGAGUUGACUGAAUACUAUGAGGUUAUCAAACACCCUAUGGCUCUUGAGAUUGUGAAGCGGAAACUUAUGCCAGACAACCCUGAUCACUACGAGGGUCUUGAAGACUUUGUACGUGACAUUCGAUUAAUCUUCAAAAAUUGUUAUGAGUUCAACCCAAAAGACACAGAGAUCUACCAGAAUGCAAAGAUUUUGGAGGAUUUCUUUGAGCAGCUACUGGAAAAGUGGCUAACAGCAUAUGCUUUUGAUGCCAUGGACACAAUGGAUGAACCAGAUACCCCAGAGCCAAAGAAGAAGAAGAAACUGAAAGAAGGCGACCCCUUACUUCACAUUCACUGAAGUCACGACAAUGGGUGAUGUUGGUCUUUGAGCACGUACAUUAUUUGGUCUAGAUUUAUGCAAAUGUACUACUGAGUGUCUGUUGCAUUUGCUGUCAACAUGAUUGUCUUGGGUAACUAUCUGGUGUUUUAUGAAAUGCCUAUAUACAUUUGUAAAUGUAAAAAAUGUGUCUUAGCAUAGAGGAAGACAUGAGUGGCAAGCACAAGAUCAGAUGAUCUGUAUAGUGUAUUUUUUGAUGUUUUGUGCCUCAGACUACAAGGAUACUACAUCAGACACAUCAGACUUCGGUUUUGGAGAAUCUUCUACUCUCCAAAUUUGGUUACCACACAUUUAAUUAUUGUUUCACAAAUUAGGAGCCAGAAGCUUAUUCAUGACCAAAGUUGAUCUGUAACAAUGAGUUUGUAUUUUUUUAUUGAAUUUUCAACUUUAAAGUGGAAUAGAUCUUGUCAUUUUUGCACAACCUUUUGCUCAAUAGCACCAAGUUUUCACUUUACACAAUAAAAGCAAAAAGCUUAAGGUGGGUAGCUAUUCAAGAAAUAAAUAGGUACAGUAUACAAUACUGUACACAGCAAAAUUUUAAAUAAGUCUACAAAAUUUGAGGGAUGAACUCCAAAUAAUUCUGUCAUUAUUUUUUUUUUUUUU